CAUCGACCCACAGAACCCAUCCCGGAUAAAACGCAGUAUGCACAACCUAGUGCAUAGAUACUGCAGUGGCACCUUGGAAUUUUCCAAGGCGGCUGCAAACGACCCUCUGUUCGCUUCACUGCACGCCACUGUAGACAAGCUGUUCGAGAUGUGGCUGAGACGACAUCCCGGAACCCAUUACCCGACAGGAAAUGUCCCGUUCGGGCACAGAGCGAGGGACAAGGUGGUCACCUUCAUCCCAAUAUAUGAAAACUGGGAAAUGAUGAAGAGUUGCCGAGAGUUUGGAUACGACUAUGACUACAUGGAGUGAGGAGUUUCUUACAGCCUCAGCAUGUUACAGUGAGGGAGAGACACCCUGGGACUACCAUUAACUGCACCAACUCCUUGCCUCGUCACUGCCCCCCACCGUUUCUCUAACCCUGCAACACUGACCUCCCUUCACAGCUCACAGAGAGCCUGUGCUGGCUACAAUUUCACAGCAGGUUUUCAUUUGGUGAAUGGGGAAGGAGGUUCAUCAUCCUGGAUCUAACCCAGUACUGUCCCUGUCCCUGGGAUGGGGGGGCAGUGUAGAGGGAGCUUUACUCUGUAUCUAA